AUGUUUCACCAAAUCGGUAUAAGAGCAGAAGAUAAACAAUUUUUGCGUUUCCUUUGGAGUGACAAUCCCGAAGAUCUCCCGCAGGUCUACGUCAUGGACGUGGCGAUAUUUGGAGCAUCCUGUUCUCCCUGUAUAGCACAGUUCGUAAAGAACAAAAAUGCGGAAGAGUUUUCUCAAGAGUAUCCACGAGCCGCGAAGGCAAUAAUUGACAACCACUAUGUCGACGACUAUCUCGAUAGCAUUGACACGAUAGCCAAGGCAAUUGAGUUGAUGGAGCAGGUGAAAUAUAUUCACGCCAACGGAGGAUUUGAGCUUUGCCAGCUAGUAUCAAAUUCAACCGAAGUGUUACGUAACCUUGGAGUUGUUCAGGAUAUAUCGACCAAAAAUUUGAACUUUGAUUCGGAGUCGGAAAGAGUUUUGGGAAUGUUUUGCAUUCCCAGUAGCGAUGUAUUUACGUUCACGUCCCCAUCAAAAGCUGAAAUUUCCGGUUCAGAUAACCAGUUAGAAAUCCCGACAAAAAGGCAAGUACUGUGGAUUAUUAUGAGUGUUUUCGACCCGUUAGGAUUAUUAUCGCAAUAUAUAAUCCACGGAAAAAAUCUGAUGCAACAUAUCUGGCGAGCUGGCACAAAUUGGGACGAAUUAAUUCCAGAACAUUUGCUCGAUAGUUGGGCAGCAUGGCGAGGGUACCUGAAACAUUUGAACGAAAUAGAAAUUCCGCGAUGUCUUUUGGGCUGCACUCGAAUGGAUAAAACAAAGCAAUCAGAACUUCACGCAUUCGUAGAUGCGAGCCGACAAGCAUACGCGUGCUCUAUCUAUCUUCGGACACUAGGCGAAAGUGGAGUUCAGUGUUCCCUCAUCAUAGCUAAAAGUAAAGUCACUCCCUUGAAACCCGUGUCAAUACCAAGAUUGGAGCUACAGGCAGCAUUUAUUGGAGCCCGCUUGAUGGAGCAUGUAUGUCAGCAUCUGACGCUUCCAACUACUCGAAGAGUAUUUUGGUCGGAUUCAUCCACAGUACUUUCUUGGUUAAAUUCCGAUACAUUCAACUACCAUCAAUACGUAGCAUUUCGUAUUGGAGAAAUUCUCUCCAGUUCCGAGAUUGAUGAAUGGAGGUAUGUUCCAUCAAAACAAAAUAUAGCAGAUGAUGCUACAAAGUGGAAAGCUGGUCCCGAUCUCAGCAAAACAAGUCUCUGGUUCAAUGGACCCAAUUUCCUGCACCUGCCUGAGUCGGAAUGGCCAGUUCAAAGGAAGCCACAAGAAACUGCUGAAGAACAAGUACAGUACUUGUAUCAUCAUCGGCAGCAGUUACACGAUCCAAUCAUCAAGGUGAACCGUUUCUCCAGCUGGCAUCGCUUGCAACGAACAGCAGCAUACGUGUGCAAAGCGACGAAACUCUUCAAGAAAGACAGCGAGAGUAUCAACCAUCGAGGAAUGUUGACUUCAGACGAAUUUAAAGCAGCCGAAAAUUUGCUAUGGCGACAAUCGCAGAUGGAGGCGUUUCCGAGAGAGUAUAUACGUCUAAAUACAGAAAAUGUGCCAGAGAAUGAAUCGAUAUUGGACAAAUCAAGCCAACUAUAUAAACUUUCGCCAUUUAUGGAUUCGUCGGGUGACAUCAGAAUGGGCAGUCGUAUUAGGGCUGCCCCAUACGUCCCGAAUGAAGCUAAGUAUCCCAUCAUAUUAUCGAAGGAGCAUCCGAUUACCUUUCUUCUCACAAACAGUUAUCACCAACGUUUCCUUCACGCCAACAAUGAAACGGUUGUCAACAAGAUAAGGCAAAAAUUCUACAUUCCUGCCGGCUGGUGA